AUGUCCCAGUCACCAGAGAACAAGGCGGCCUGGCUGCCAGCCUCCAAAGUCACGCCGCUUGAGAUUGGCCCAGCGCCUUAUACAGCACCUGGGCCCCGCCAGAUUGUGGUGAAGAAUGGUGCUCUAGGCAUCAAUUCCGUCGAUUGGGCAAAGCAAUUGCUUGGAGAAGGCUUGCUUGGCUAUCUCAGCUAUCCUUUCAUCCUUGGAGAAGAUGUGGCCGGCACUGUUGUCGAAGUGGGUGAGGGUGUAACGCGCUUCCGCGUCGGCGACCGAGUCGUGGCCACGGCUUCUGCCAUCUCUGUCAACAACACCGCCGAGGGCGGAUUCCAGCUCUACACGCCCAUACGAGAGUGGAUGGCCGCACCGCUGCCAGACUCCAUUUCCUUUGAGCAAGCUAGUGUGCUCCCGCUUGCGAUCCUCACGGCUUCUCACGGCCUGUUUGAUACCGACUACCUCGGCUUGGACUUGCCCACUGUUCCUGCGCGUCAGCCUAGCAGCGGCAAACGAGCCGUCAUCGUCACCGGUGGAGCAUCAGUUGUUGGCAGCACCGCCAUCCAGCUCGCGGUUUCUGCCGGUUAUGACGUUGUAUCGACGGCAUCGCCGAAGAACUUCGAAUACGUCAAGGCUCUCGGUGCCACGCAUGUGUUUGACUACAAGAGCGACACUGUCGUCGACGAUAUCUCUGCCGCUGUUAAGGGCGUCCAUCUUGCGGGCGGAUACUCCAUUGGUGAUGGCUCUGUCAAGCUGCUGGCAACCGUCCUGGCCCAGCACGAAGGCCCCUCUACCAACAAAUUCAUUGCUCUUGCUGGCGGUCAAGGAGAAGGCACCAAUGACCCGAGCAUUGAGGUCAAAUUUAUCCUUCUCGGCCCAGAUUCCGUUGGUCCUGACUCUAUCACGGGCAAAGUUUACACGGACUUCCUUCCGGAUGCACUUGCCAAGGGACAGUUUGUGCCAGCACCCGACGCGACUGUCGUGGGCAAGGGACUGGAAAAGAUCCAAGAGGCUUUUGGAGUUCACAUGCAGGGCGUUUCGGCGAAGAAGAUUGUUGUGUCACUAUAA